AUGAUUCACAUUGAACCCACAAGGCAAAUAGCCCAAAUAGCACACACAGGCCCUAUCUCCCACACUCUCCUCACACACUCUCUACUCACGCCCUCGUUUUCGUCUUCCACGCUCUCCUCGUCGGAUGUGGAACGAGACAGUGAGUGGUUUAAUCUGAAAAUGGAGCAGUUCUAUUCGUCUUGUUUGUUUGGGGGCAUUGGCACCGAUUGGAAGUGCUGUUGCGAUGAAGCAGCAAAGAUCGAAAGCGACGGAACAUCGCUUCGCUUUUCGGAUAAAAUAUCCGUAAUAAAAGUUAAAAUGCAACUUCGAUUUGUCAUGUCAUACACUAAAUUCCGUCGGUGUGUCUCACGAAAGAGCAAGCGGACAAUCAUGCCCGAAGAACUUCCCACGUUUUUAUCUUGA